CUGUCGCGGUGCAUUGUGGCCCGGCGGCAAUAAGAUGGCGGCGCCCUUGGCCAGGGUGUUGCUUAGCGGGGCUGCGACGAGUUGGUCUUUCCACGCUUGCUGGCGGGGGCUUGCCGGCGGCUCCGCGGCUGCUGGGUCGAAAUGGAGGCUUCUCGGGGCACUUUGCUUACAAAGGCCUCCCAGGCUCACGCAGGCAAUGAGUCCAGAGGAGAAAGAAAUGGCUGAGCUGCUGCAGCAGAUAGAGGUGGAGAAAAGCCUCUAUUCAGACCAUGAACUCCGCUGCUUGGCAGAGGAAGAGCGUCUGCAGAGGAAAAAAGACAAGUAUGACGACGACGACGACUCUGGGCAGGAGAUUGUGCUGGCCCAGGACCUUGAAGACUUGUGGGAACAGAAAUUCCAGAAGUUCAGUCCUGGCCCACGGAUAACAGAGGCUGACCAAAAAAAUGACCGGACGUCAUUGAACAGGCAGCUGGACCAGAACCUGCUGCUACUGGUUAAGCAAAAGGUUGGUGAGGAAGACACCUGGCUCUUACCCCAAAUAGAAUGGCAAGAUGGGGAGACUCUGCGAGCCACAGCAGAACGGGCCUUGGUUACCCUCUCAGGACUCCACUUUGAUGCCAAGUUUCUAGGCAACGCGCCAUGCGGCUUUUACAAGUACAAGUUUCCAAAGGCGAUCCAGGCAGAAGGCAGCAUGGGGGCCAAGGUGUUCUUCUUUAAAGCCCUCCUGCAGGAUAACCACUUGCCCUUGCCCAGGGAGAAAGUGGACUAUGUGUGGGUCAGCAAAGGGGAGCUAGCCGACUACUUGAGACCCAAGUACCACUCCCAGGUUGUUCGGUUUCUAGUGGACUUGUGAACUCUGGAACUGUGUCUUAACCCCAUGUCAAGACUACAGAGAGCAGACUUGGGUGGGACAAGAUGUUCAGUGUCUGUCUGUUUUUGCAUUUGGGGAGCCAUGUUCGAUCCAGGACAAGGACCCCACUUGUGUGUAUGUGUCCCCACUAAAUAAAAUGGUCUAAGAAGUGACAUGUCACCGGAAGCUAAAA